GCACUAAUGUCGGUGGAAGGUGCCUGGGGGAGGGCCUGGGGAGGGGCUGCCCAGCGCGCUCCCGCCCCAGGCACUUCCUAAGAGACUCAGCUCUUUCUCUGCAGCUGCUACUUGAAGACUCCACGCGUUCCCUCCAGAGGAAAGAAACCAUCUAUCUAAAUCAGCUGUGCUCUCCACGUCCCUCGUUUCUUCCUCCGCCAGCCGCCACCCCCACCCCUUCCAUUGUGUUGUGCGUUGAGCUCCGCUUCCUGCGUAAGACCCUAACCUCAUUUGUAGCAGGAGGGAUAACUGAGACUUUUGGAACCUCGAGUUGCAAUGGAGCUGUACGGAAAGAUGGCCUCCGCCCAGGAUGCCAGGUAUGGCCAGAAGGACUCCUCUGAUCAGAACUUUGACUACAUGUUCAAACUGCUCAUCAUUGGCAAUAGCAGUGUGGGGAAAACAUCUUUCCUCUUCCGUUACGCCGAUGACUCCUUUACAUCUGCAUUCGUCAGCACCGUUGGGAUCGAUUUCAAAGUGAAAACUGUAUUCAAAAAUGAAAAGAGAAUCAAGCUUCAGAUUUGGGACACGGCAGGCCAGGAGAGAUACAGGACGAUCACCACAGCCUACUAUCGCGGGGCCAUGGGCUUCAUUCUGAUGUACGACAUCACAAAUGAAGAGUCCUUCAAUGCAGUACAGGACUGGUCAACUCAAAUCAAAACAUACUCAUGGGAUAAUGCCCAGGUUAUCCUGGUUGGGAACAAAUGUGACAUGGAAGAUGAGCGGGUCAUCUCAACCGAGAGAGGCAAGCAUUUAGGAGAACAACUCGGUUUUGAGUUUUUUGAAACAAGUGCCAAGGAUAACAUUAACGUCAAGCAGACAUUUGAGCGCCUCGUGGAUAUCAUCUGCGACAAAAUGUCAGAGAGUUUGGAGACUGACCCAGCCCUCACUGCGGCGAAGCAGAACACGAGACUCAAGGACACCCCACCUCCACCGCAGCCCAGCUGUGGCUGUUAAUGUCCCCACACAGGCAGCUCCGGAGGGUUGGUUGCUAAAAACAGCAUUUAUAAAUGGUCGAUUAGCCUUCACUUAUACUGCCUAAUAAUUAUUGGAGGGAAAUCGAUGUCAGUGGCUCAUACAUGCAUUCAAUUCUGGGGAGAUUUCCUCUGUUAAUAUGUGGCGAAUAUGUGAUCUUAAAUUUGUAAGGACUAUCCAUUUACAAACAUCUGGUAUUUGCAUGUGAUUUGUUACCUGUCUUCUAGGCUCUUUGUGUUUCAGAUUUCUUAGAUUAAGCAACUGCUGGGACCUCCAAUUAUAAUUUCAGUGCAACUGACUUCUGUGCCAUGGGUUCAAAUUCUGCUUUUCACCUGUAGGGAUGAGAACCAAGGAAUUGGUUAUGUGUGUGGUAUGGGCUGGCGGAGAUCUCAGAGACCUUAUUUGCUCUAUUCUUAAUUGAAAAUCAAGUGGAAAUUUUAUUUAUGACUAGGGAUACUGUCAUGGCUCUGGUCAAUCUACAGUUCAGGAAAUAAAUCUACUUUUCAGUGUUAUUAAGAAGACCAUUGACUAUAAAGAAAUGGAAAUGUUGUUUAAUGCCCUUGCAAAUUUCCUGAGAGAUUAAUAUUUACCUGACUAGAAGUGAAUAGUCAUCUUAGUUUAGAUGCUUAAGGAAGGAAUUCCUAAGCCAGGACUGCUCCUCCCAACUUUUUGCAAAUCUGAGGGCUCUGAUGGACUGAGGUAUCUGCUGAAUGUGUUAUGUGACAAGCAUCUGAACCAAGAAGGGGAUAAGUAACUGUAGAAUUUCCAAAGCCUGACCUCCCCCCAUAACACAGACCCCCCCCCCAACUUUCUAGAACCAUCACCAACUCUUGGAACAGAGGUCAAGCUGAAGCCCCUCUUCCCAUAGGAUGUAGACUUACUUCACAGACCACUGCCUUCUGCUCACACCUCCCUAGGUUAUUCCUAGUUACAAGUUACUUAAACAGUAUCUUGAUGGUUCUCAGGUUAAGGAAAAGAUAAUUUUCAUCUCUAAUAUUUUUCAGUCCAAGUGUUUAUACUUCUUUUAAGGCAUAUCCACAUUCUGUAAGGCUAUUAAUGUUAAACAUGCUUAAAUUACUCAGAAUACUCUUUAGAGCUGAGAGUUCCAGAAAUACUUUAAGACACCAUAAGCAAUUGGAGAGGAAAAAGGAAACCAUAGGAACACUCAGAUUUCCUGAAGACCAUUUGAAUAACAAGCAAACCAAUCCCAUCAGUUAUCUAACUGAGCACUGAGGAGAAACAUGGCAUCCACACCACUCGCCAGCACCGUUGACAGCUAGGACUCUCAGAAGGUAGCAGGCACGGAUGGCAGAUUUGGAAGAACAGUUUUAAUAGGUGAACUUUCCCCUUUUUUGGUGAUCAUGAUAAAGAUUUUUUUUCUCUUUUCAAAAACAGAUACUUCCUAUGAAAGAAUGGAGUCCAAGUUUAUUGAACAAGGCUAUUGAGAGAGAAAGAUGCAUAUAUCCAAAGUGAUCUCUGGAGGAUAAAUGCCUGCAAGUCAGGGAACUAGGUCACAUACAUGAUUAGUAAGUUAGAAGAUGAACAUUAGAGGAGAGAGUAUGUGGGGUAUCUCAAGCAUACCCACAUUCUUACUUCUCAUCUUCUUAGUUUGUGAUCCACUAAUUGGCAAUAAAUUUUCACUUUGGCACUCUGCAGGACAGGCUUCAUGAAGACAAGAAAACAUUAAUGCUUUUUUGGAUUUUAAUGGGGCAACCAGCUUCCAGAAACCACAGAAAUUAAGUGAAGGGAAAGAGAAGUUGGGGGCUGUGCAAAGCAGAAGCCUGUCUGCAUGAUAUUGUAGUAUUUCUAUAUCUUAGACUAGAAAGUGGCCAUGUUAAAAGAUAGUUGUUAAGCUAACUUUUAUAAUCUAAUAUGCAGUAAUAAAGUCAGGAAGACCUUCCCCUCCUCUCUCAGCCCCAAUCUCACAUACAUACAUACAGAUGUCAAGGACCUAAGUGUGAUGUUUCAGAUGGCUUCUUCAGAAGGACCUUGAUGGGUGCAGUAUCGUAAAAUGCAAAGCAAAAUGAGAGAGAGUAGAAAAGUGGGAAGAGUUGAGUUUGCCCUCUUGUAAAGUCCUCCGCUGAAGAACUCAUCGCUAUUGAAAUUAGUCGGCCCUAGAACCGGAAGACCAAAGCCCAGUGCCCUCUUACACCCCGUCAGACACACCCAGGUUGAACCGCUUGGUGCCGGUCAGAGGAGCACGAUACAGCAACAGCCUGGGUUCAUGGCCAAGAACAUUCGAUAACUUCUACUUUACAAACCUCACUGGAAGUGAAGCCUACCUAAUUGAUGCUAAGUUCUGAAGCUCGCACCCUGGUGUGAAUUUCACUAAGUGAGAAGUUUCCAGAAAGGAUUGUCACAGAGCUCAAGUGAAUUAAGCACCUGUACUCCUGCUGUCAAACACAUGGAAAGAGAGAAAAUCCUCUAUUCCUAAUCUCAUCAAGAGAUCCUUGUUUUAACGUCAAAUUUGGCAAAAGAGGAAACAGCCCAGGGUUAACUAAGCAAACUUGUAUUGGCAUCAAGCUCUAUCACUUGUAAAUUAUAACAUGGCCGCGCCAAGGUUUUUCUGCCUUUUGGUCAGCAUGCACACAGUACCUCCUACAUUCUCUCCAAGUGCCAACAGCUUAAAUAACCCAGACCAUUUAUACUAAUGGCUUAACUAAAUUUGUAUUCAGAAGAACAAGACACCUUACAAAGUAUGUGCUUGUAUUAGUUUAUAAAUUGUAGACAUCCACCUUUUGUCUUUGAUGCAGCUGAAUUAACUGUUUCACGUCUGAACUUCUCUUAUCUGCCACCCACUUCCUCACCACCCGAACCCUCCAAUUACUUUUACAAACAAACCUUGCUUGUUUUGAGCAGAUACUUCCAAGAGCUUUGGUUUGGGGGCCUUCCUUUCUGUUCUUAAGUAAAUAAAAGCUUGGACUGGAAAUUGUUUCCUCUAUACAGCCAUCUGUGGAGUGGAUCCUCAUUUCAGCUUUUGGGGAUGUGAGUGGAGGUCGUAGGUACAUGAAAUUCCUUAAGUUUUAAGAUGGCAAUUUACAAUUUAGCAUUAUAUUCAUGGCUUCUAAGAAGAAUUGCUUUCAGACAGUGAAUUAGUUCAUUGCCACUGCCCCCACAGAACAGCUUCCACUGCCUUGAUAAACUUUUAACCUCCUCCUUAGACCCACUUAAAAUCAGUAUCCCUUUGCUGCCUGGUAAAUAAGUGCUAAGAUUUUUAUUUGGAAAGGGAUCUCUGAUGAUGCCUUGGGUUAUAGCAGAAAGCUGCAGCAUUGUUAUGUUAAAUGUGAACUAUAAAUUCUACAAAACUACACCCCACAUCAUAUGACGUCUAUAUACUCAACAAACAAAUCUAUUUCCCCUAUUUAACUCAUAUCCAGAUUAAUCAUAGUUCUUUUGCUUAGCUCAUCAGUUACUUUUUGGAAACCAAUUUAAACUUCCAAUUUUACCUACAUCUAUGCUGAGAAUAGACUUUCAGGGAUGCAGUAUUCUUUUUGAAAAGUAAAAUACAGUUUACUAGUAACUGAACUUCCAUGAAGCAACAUUGCUUUUUGGAGCGUGACAGUCAGUAAUCAGUGGCUCACUGUAACGUGCUUUUAUCCAACGUGUCUCUUCGUGCAUGGCGAGGAUGUACAAUGCCAUCUUUCAGUCAACCAUGGGGCGUUUGUGGGACUAUAUUAAGAACAUACCCAGAUUCUACCAAGUUAUCCCACGGCUGAAGCAGCAGCUGCAUGUGAAAAACUAAAACUAAUCUUAAAAUCAUGAUUAAAAACCUUCUUGGCCAAAAAGGGUUUAAUAAUUUUCAUAUACUACUGUAAUGCUCCAUCAGGAGUUUUUGGUGCAGCUUCCUUGGGAGGUAGCCUUGUCUUUCUGUCUGAAGAAUCUCCUCUCUCUCUAAAGUCAAGAUCGCAUGCCUGGGAACUGGAAGUCUUUGUCCCUUGGUGUGUCUACUCAGUGCGCUGUGGCAGGGUGCCAUGUGAGCAACUAGACCCACGUGGCUUUUCUAAUCACCCCCUGGGAGAUGCAGCCUCUGCGGCUCUGUGUGGCUUGUAUGUGCGCUACCUGUGCUUUAGUGGCCUGACCGUAAAAUGCUGAAGUCCUUCUGAUGAGCUGAACCAUUAGGGUCGGCUUUUUAGAAUCCUCAUAGGUAAAUUUUUGCUCAAAGCCAGUUAAAGUCAUAAACCUAUUUUAUAUUCUGAAAUUGGAACAAACUGGGUAAAAGAUGAAAUUUAUAACCAGAAAAAAAGCCUCUCUGUUAUCUCUGCAGUGUAUGUAAAGGGCUCUGGGUCCUAAAAAUAUGAUAUUCCCUAAGGGGGCAAAUACAGGUCUGGAGAAUUUAUUUUAAAUAUAUCUACCUAUUGUUAUUUCACAAAUAAAUGUUUUUUUUUCCUUAAACACCUUUACAGAAAUGCUUGACACACAGUCAAAUAUUUCCCUUCAGUAGAUUAAAAGAUUUACACUCACCCAGUGUUGCCGCUCCCAGCACAGACUCAGUGUGUAUAAAAGACAAAUACCUUUUCUAUGAAGGGAAAUGUCCACAUAUGGUGCUUUCUCAGUGCUAGAGAAAAGGGAGCUUUUACUACGCUCCAACUGUAACUGGGAUUUGCUGAAAAAGGUCUACAAAAUAGAUUCCUCACACUGAUUUGAUUUGUGUAUCUGUUCACAUAACUAAUUCCCAUUGAAAAGAGAGGAUAGAGAGAAUAUAUUUUGCAGAUGUUCCAGAGAAAAGAAAUUAUUUCCAAGCCUCUGUCAGAGCUUGAGUAUUAAGGGCAAAUCAACUGGCUAGUGGGCCCACUGGGCUUUCUAUUUACAGUUCUCUUUUCUGCUUCUUGAUUUUUGAUCAUUUCACUUUUUAAAGCACUAUCCUCACAGAAUGACAGGACCCAGAAUAGGAAAUGAGACUCAAGUUUCACCAUUUACCUCCCACCAGCACUGUUAUUGGUAGAGUUUCAACCAGCCCUUACUACUGACAUGAGGUGGGGGGAAGGCGGUUACCUGUGUAUUUCAUUCACCUGUGUUCAUACUUCAUUGUGGACAACUGAGAGUUGGCUGUGGCUUUAUUCCUUAGUGGAAAUGCUUCAUAUUCAUGUUGUUUGGGGCUGGAGGUUGCUUAGGCUCAUGAAUGCUGUUCUUAAAGACUCAGAUGGUACAUGAGCCGCAGACACCUGGCCUUUCAGGGACGUGAGGGUAACUUACAUCUGUCUAGUGGUUCCAUGCGCCUCAGAAGAGUCAAGUCUGGGGGUUGUUUCCUGUAUCAGUAUGAUGGUUCUCCAUGCAUUGUCUCAUCACUCCUAGGAUAUGUCCUGAAUGAAAACUUCCUGUAAUUCCUGUUAAUAUAUUGUUAAUGUCAAGAUGUGAUGUGAUACCGUUGAACUGUCCAAAUGUACAACUAUUUAAUGGUGUUUGUGGAACUGAAGUGUCUUAAAUGUUGCAUGAAAUAUGUUAUAAAAAUAGAUUUGUUUUCUAUUUUUCAACACCUCAGAAUUGAGGGUUCAUGGGCCAAUAAGUGCAAUAUUUAAUGACUUACUCAGUGUAUAUACAAUAGUGUGAAAGAGUGAAUUGUAAUGAAUGUGUGGGAUGCUUCGAUGGCUGUUUGACUUACUCAAAUUAUUUCUUGUAGCUGUAUUGUCUAGUGGUGCAGUUUAUACAGUAAAUACCUACUGGUGUCAUGUGAAAUUCCUCUGUGCCUACUUCAAAGUAUGUCUUUACCUGUAAGACCGAACAUUUAGGAUCUGCAAGUAUAUGUCAAUUUUGCCUUUUAGAAUUGUGGAUUUUAUUUUCAAGACAGAAUGGCUGUUCGUUUAUUUAUGUAGGCAUUCCCUUCUUUAAUUCAGAGUUCUCCUUAAGCCAUUUAUAAGGGGCUAAUUUAGAAACCUAAGAAAAAAUAUGCACAUAAGGAAAAGUCAUUUUUAUUUUUCUCUGAAAUGUUGAUCAUGUUUUCAUCUAAGAAUUUUUACUCAUAUUUUAUAUGUCUAUUUUAUUGUUACUCUGUAUUUUGUUUGGAAAUUUAAGUGUCAAUCCUGGGAAUCCUAAAAUAUUGAUGUCUUUUUAGGUGGUGGCUAAUGUUAUAUUCACUUUCAAGUCUCAAUUGUCCACACUAGUGAUAAACAGGUCAGAAUCCUUAAAUCACAUUAGUAAGUCAUCAUAAACUCAUAUGUUCAUCCUCAAACCCCUUGGUUAAUAUCAUUGGUGGCCUAGAACUUCACUGAGAUGCAAAAACCAAGAAAUGAGGCCUGGUAGCUGGAUUAUCAAAAACUCUUAGGUGUUUAUGUCUAUGAAGUUUAAAGUAGGCCAACUACUUUAAACUCCUAUUUGCCAUUUCAAUUUUUGAGGCAAAGCACUCAUUUUAAUAUUGUGCUUUGCCUUUUCAUUUAGAGUAAAUCAUGAUAUCUUUAGGAAGAAAAGUUGACUUUUUCCCUAAAAAUGAUGAAGAGCCAUUGGUUUUAGAUGACCAUGGCCAUCUGGACAUCAUAUCAACCCUUCAGGCCUCUCUAUAGCAGUUGCCUGAAACUGAAAUGUGAGGACGUGCCAGUCGCAUUAAAUGGCUCUGGGCUACCACCAGCGAUGGGUGGCCCUGUUUUACAUGCGAUAGCCUGAAAUUCUGUACUCAGCUCUCAGACCCACUGAAGAAGUCAAGUGAAGGUGGGUGAAACGGAGAUUGGUGACAACUUUGUGCCAAAUUUAAAAAAAGAAACAAAUGUAAGCAGGUAGCCAACAUUAGAAUGAUAAUUUAAGGGUGUGUUUAAAUGUUUAGUUACUCAUCAACAGUUACUGAAUACUGUGUGCUCAGUGCUGUGGGACUGAAACAUGAAAGAGGUGGAUGGCUCUGGCCCCUGAUGGGCUUGCUGACGGAAGGACAAGGAACGAAAUUCCAGGAUAUAGUCUAAAUGCUAAGUUAUGUCAGGACAUAGGAGCAAGAAGAAUGGAGGACCUAUAAGAUCUGGAAGAGUCAAGAAUGGCUCCAUGGAGGAGGAUAUUAGAUAGAGGAGACUGUACCAGGCAAGUAUGUGGGAAAGACUGCAGUUUGUUCCCUUGAAUGGAAGGGUGACAGAGCUGGCAGCUAUUGGUCAUUGUUUUUUUUUUCCAGAGAGCCAUACUGGCCCUUGGAAACCCAAGAAAUUACCCCAGUUUGGCUCUGUUUUUGUCCCAAUGAGGAAGACAAGGUGCUACCUUGCCAUAUUCCUCUGUGCUGAGCAGCCCCAGACUCAGCCCCAAAACACAAAUCAAUCUGAAAUCACAUUGGAACAGCUGAUGUAGACAUUUUGCCCGUGCACCAAACCACAAGACAUUGUCUAAUGCAAUGUCAACCAGUCAGAUGUGUGCCCAGAGAUUUUUCUGCAGUUCUGUGUUUCCCAUAAAGGGCGUUGGGAAGUGCACUGAUGAAGACCUUCCUUUGUAACCAGGCACUUUUGGCUCCUUCUCAGUGACUGCACUGUGGAACUCUUCUUGAGAAAAAAUUGAGUAACAGCUUAAUGCUUUCAUGUAGUGAUUGUGACGUUGAUUUGAAAACUGCUGCACAGCAAAUCCUGUGACCCUUCGUGUGUCCACAGGAGCGCCUGUCUGGGUUUAAAGCUAUUGAGUGUAUUCACAUUGUGAAGUUUUCAUUCUCUUUACUGAAAUUAAUUGUGUAAGAACUGUAUGUGCUCUACUAGGUAUUAAGUUUGUAUGUGAGUUCUGUAUAGAAACUGGUUUUUGUUCUUUGGGUUUAUCUUGUUUUAUUUUUUGGAGAUUACAAUAAAUAUCUAAGAGACUAUAUUCCUGAA